CACUUGUCAAAGGAAUAAGCCUCAGUUAGACUCUUGUCACCACACAGCUGCUCGCCGCCAUGCGAUUGUCUGCAGUCCUUCUGUUUCUCCAGCUGUGGCUCCAUGUGGAUCUUACUUUAUCACAGGAAAAUGUGGGCUGCAGCCCUCCCACUGUAGAGGAAGGGGUUAUAGUAAGUGGCCUUCCAGACAACAAUGGAUCCAUAUUCUAUGACCAUCUGCUCAAAUUUAGCUGUGAAGGUCCCGGGAAAUAUCUGAAUGGCAGCUCAGAGCUGGUAUGUGGUACAGACGGAGAAUGGAGCGGCUCAUUUCCCCAUUGUGAAGAUGUCACUUGUACAGCUGAGACGAUUCCCCGCCACUUGAAUGUGACAGGACUACCAGCAGCCAAUGAAACAAUGAAGUAUGGGCAUAAAUUAAAGUUUCAGUGUGCUGAUAGAUAUUCCCUGGAUGGGGUAAAAGAGGUGGAAUGCUUGGAAACUGGGAAGUGGAAUGCCCAAUUUCCAGUUUGCACUGUGUGUUUGAAGCCCCCAGAUAUCCCCCAUGCCAGUGUUUCUGAAGAGUCUAGAAAACGCGGGUACGAACAAGGCGAUUUAUUAUAUUACACUUGUGACACUGGCUAUGUGUCAGGCCCAACCAUCACAUAUAUAUGUUCGAGCAAGAGCUGGAAACCAGUCCGUGCUGGGGAAUGUUCAUUAAAGCCAUGUGAGCUUCCUGAUGAUACUCCCAAUGGCUAUUACCAGAUUAUCCAGGGUGAUGACUUUGUUUUUGGAACAACAAUCAAAUACUUUUGUAACAGCGGGUAUCAGAUGGUGAGCAAAGUUCAGACCAGGACAUGUUUACUGAACAAAUGGACCAAUCACGUGCCCAUAUGUGAACCUGUGAGCUGCAGCCCCCCCACUGUGCAGGAAGGGCUUAUAGUAAGAGGUCUUCCAGACAAUGAUGGACCCAUACUCUCUGACCGUUUCAUCACUUUUAGCUGUGCAGACCGCAGCAAAUAUUUGAGUGGCAGUUCAGAACUCAUAUGUGGACAAGACGGAGAGUGGAGUGGCACAUUUCCUUCCUGUGAAGAUAUAACUUGUCAAGCUCAAAAACCACUCCCUCCCUUAUAUGUAACUGGACUACCGCCAGCCAAUGAAAAAAUGAAGUAUGGACAUAAACUGAGGUUUCUGUGUGACAGCAGAUACACACUUUUCGGGGUUACUGAGGUGGAAUGCUUGGAGACCGGGCAGUGGAGUGCCGCCUUUCCAACCUGCAGAGCAACUUGUGUAGACCCACGCGACCAACGCAGUCUUGUAGACAAAGGCUAUAGGAUAAAGGUUACAUGCCGCCAAGGACUGAUUCCUCAAGGAAGUCCAGAGAUUGAAUGUCUGGGAAACGGCCAGUGGAGUGGUCCCUAUAGAUGUAAAGUACCUGCAAACUGUGGACAGCCACCAGCAAUUGAAAAUGGAGACAUCUGGUCUUCUACUUUUUUAAGAUAUUCGUGGGACCAUGGGAGUACAAUUCAAUACAGAUGUCACCAUAACUACAUUCCGCUUGGUCAGUCUCACAAAACCUGCAACAACGGUAACUGGAUUGGAGAGAUUAGGUGCUCCAAGCCUGUGGGCUGUGGAAUGCCACCACCCCUUGAAUUUGGAGAUGUCCAGUCUUCUCUUCAAAGUAGUUACGACCAUGGUGAGAGAGUUGAAUACAGCUGUCAGAGUUACUACACUCUGGAUGGUCAGACUCAUAAAACCUGCAGCAAUGGUCAAUGGACUGGAGAGAUGAGAUGCAUCCGGCCCUGCACUGUGACACAGGAUGAUAUGAGGAGAAAAAACAUUGAACUGAGAUAUAAAUCAGACCCUAAAAUUUAUUCACGACACCGAGAUUUUGUAACAUUCAGUUGUACCAGAGGAAGACAUGACGGCAGGCUGGCAAUGCGUCAGCAGUGUAUUGACGGUGAGAUGCUGCUGCCCUCUUGCCAGUAGGAGUGUGAGUUAACUGGAAGUGAUGGCCAGCAGCUGGCAGGACAAACAUGUAAAUGGAUAACCAGAGGAAAGAGUUUGACACGAUAUGUGCUGCUGCUUUGUACUGAUCCUCUGUCUGCACUUCAUCUGUCUCAAUUUCAAUAAAACACACACACUUGUCUUUUAAGUGUUUUUCUGA